AUGGCAUCAUCAUCACCAUCAUCAUCAUCGAAGGAAGCUUCGGCCGAAGCAGCAACCCAAUCACAGGAAGCAGUCGGAGCUGAAGCACAGAGCCCACUCAGAUGUUCUAAACAGACGUUUCUCAACACUUGUGAAACUUCGGAUUCGAUAGGUGUUAAUGAGGCUGAGAACCCUGACACUCCGAGAGACUCUUUUGAUUCUUCUCCGUUCCCUUCCUUCUUGAAUGCUGUUGCUGAUUUGAUGGGGAAAGGAUCCAAGGCCUUCCAAGAUCGUGAUUUUUUCUCGGCCGCCAAACACUUUGAGAAUGCUCAGAACAUCUUGAUUGAAAAAAAUGCCAUAUCUGUUGCUGAAUUCGUCACAGCAAAGUUUAAACGCGGUCUUGCCCUGCAAGCUCAAUUUCAUAUAGAAGACAAUAUAAUGAUUGAAGCUGUGCCAAUGGAGGCAGAUUACCUAGUGUAUGGAUCAGCUAUUGUUGCAAAACAAGUUGAAAGUCCGCGUGACGGUAGUAAGUCUAAAGGAAAUACAGAAGACCUGGAAUCUGCCUGGGAUGUUCUGCUUGAUGCGUGGAAAAUUGCAAAAAACGAACCUGGUGACUCGGUGGAGAAGGUGGAUAUCUUAUCUGCCCUAGGGGAGGUGGCACUAAAAAAGGGGAAUUAUGAUUCUUACAAGCACUAUGAGGAUGCACUACCCAUUCUGGAGCAUCUGGUUGAAUCAGACAAUCAACGCCUAGCUCAUCUGUAUCCGUUAGCUGAUUUAUUACCUAAUUUAUCGACUGCUACUUCUGUGCUUACUGAAGCCAUUGAAUUUUGUGAGAGGGCUAUAUUAGUAUGCAAGAACCGCGUUCAGAGGCUCACGAGUGUGCCUGAUGUUGUGAAUGUGAAUCAGGAGACUCCUUCUAGUGUGCCUGUUGAGGUUGUGAUGCUUGAGGCACUCAUAAGAGAAUUUGAAAACAAGGAACGGUUCAAAUCAUCCCUACCUUCAACACCAAAUUUUGACUCACCCGACACAAGAAUUUCCCUUGAUGGGAUCAGUGGAAAACCGGAAUAUUUCACACCUAUGAGUCCCAGCAACCAACCUGGGAGUUCCGAGUUUGAGUCUCCAACAGAUUCAGCAAAGAGACAAUUAUCAACUGAUUCAGCCAGCAAUGAACAGAGCUCCACACCCGGGAGUACCAGCGAAAACAGCCAGAAAUACUAUACACCGAUGAGUGGUGCCAGUAUCCAACCCGGAGGUCUUGAGUCUACUCCUCCAACUGCUCACAUAAAUGAGACAGAUACUGGCGUGGCAGCUAAGGGAGCCAAGAGAAAUUUAUUGACAGACCCAUCCAGCAAUGAAAGUACUCCAACAAAGAAACACUCAUUGGACCCAUCAGCAGAGGAGGAUAAGGAUAGAACAUCUUGA